CUCCAUGGCUACAGUUUCCAAGAAACAUUAGUUUGUGCUGGGUAACAGAAUUGCUUGCAAGUCUGUGAAACAUUCAAAAGAAACUUUAUGGGAAAAUGGCUAGAGUCUAUCCAGUUGCUGCUGGGUGUCUAAUUGCAUUUGGCCUCUUAAGUAUUUUAUCAGGAAUUUUGGGAUUUUUUCCAGUUUUCAGCAAUAAGCCUUUAUUUAUUGGAUGGAGUGUUCGGAUUGCUUGUCCAAUCUGGAAUGGAGCUCUGGCACUUAUUGUUGGUAUUCUUACACUUCUGGCCUACAGAGAAUGGACAAAAAGAUCACUGUGGGAAGCUACAUUUAUCUUUACAUUACUAAGUGUCAUCGGAACACCAGUUCAGUUGGUACUGGCCAUUGCUUCCAUCCUUAUUGGCCCAUAUUGUUACUAUACCUUUGCUGGAGUUUCAUCAACCAACUACAUUGGAUAUGCAAUUAAAUUUCCAUUUCCUUAUGCCACAUUUUCAAAUGUAUGUACAGAUCCUUACUUCUAUCAGUGGUACUAUCUGAUUCUUGAAAUCAUCAACUUGGUUUCGGGUGUCAUCAUUUUAUGCUCAUCUCUGGCAAUAGCAAUCAAGCUUGCAGCAAGGAUUAUGAGAUCGGGAACCCUGAAUGGACAAAAACAUGUGUGGUGAAGGAUUAAUAAAAUCACAUAAAGGUGGAGGUCUGGAAACUAAACAAUAACAUUACUAUUAUGGAGCAUUUGUUCAGUUUUCAGUUUGAAAUAAUGAACUGGGCUUCCUUAAGGAAAAUUAUUCAUAAGUGGAUAUCAUCAUUUUAAAGAUUUUAAUAGUCUUGUACUGAAAAUGCCAUGGAAGAAGGCAUCCAGUGACAAUAUAAAUAUGUUGACUUUUACCUGUUCUGACCCAUUCCACUCCCCAUUCUAUUUUUCCCAGUUUCCAAA